UCCGUGAUCUAUUGUUCAAUUUCGGAUUCGUUUUUCUGGAAAUUAGGUAUUGUGGUAAUGGCCACCAACAAAGUCAUAGCUAUAUGUCAGUCAGGAGGAAAGUUCGUGACUAGCAAAGAUGGAUCGUUAUCGUAUUCUUCUGAUGGCGAUGCCUUUGCAAUAGACAUCGAUCAGAACACUUCAAUGACCGAUUUCAAGUCGGAGUUGGCUGAGAACUUCGGGCUUGGACUGGAGACGAUGAGCCUCAAGUACUUUCUCCCUGGAAACAACAAGACCCUUAUCACCAUCUCCAAGGACAAGGAUUUCAUACGCAUGGUUAACUUCUCCGCCGAUGCAGGGACUGUUGAGAUCUUCGUCUUACCCGAAGAAGGUGGUGCCAAAAUGCCAGCCAGUAGGUCAAGCAGGACGACGACAUCAGAAGGGGUGGUGCCUGUAAUUACUGCGGCAGGAGAUGUAGUUGAUGAGGAGAUGACUAAUGAUGAUUUUCAGAUUGAUUUGGCAAUGCCUGACGAAAGCCCUUUGCCCUGCAACUUUGUUUUGGUUGAUCAGAAACACCACACGGCGAUACAGCAGUGGGAAAACGUCAUCACCGGUGUCGACCAGCGGUUCAACAGCUUCAUCGAGUUCCGGGAUGCGUUGCACAAGUUUUCGGUCGCGCAUGGGUUUGCUUACAAAUACAAGAAAAACGACAGCCAUCGAGUCUCUGUCAAAUGCAAAGCUCAGGGUUGCCCAUGGCGUAUCACCGCAGCGAGGCUAUCGACGACUCAGUUGAUAUGUAUCAAGAAAAUGAACCCGAGGCACACGUGUGAGAGGGCAGUCAUCAAGCCUGGUUACCGUGCAACGAGAGGAUGGGUGAGGACCAUCUUGAAAGAGAAGCUGAAAGCCUUCCCAGACUACAAGCCCAAGGAUAUUGCUGAGGACAUAAAGAAAGAGUACGGUAUUCAGCUGAACUACUCACAGGCAUGGAGGGCAAAAGAGGUCGCCAGAGAACAGCUCCAAGGCUCUUAUAAAGAGGCCUAUAGUCAACUUCCUUUAAUCUGCGAGAAGAUCAAGGAGACGAAUCCUGGAAGCAUUGCCACUUUCAUGACAAAAGAAGAUUCCAGCUUCCAUCGUCUCUUCAUAUCGUUUUACGCUUCGAUAUCUGGGUUUAAACAAGGUUCCCGCCCACUCCUUUUCCUUGACAACGCCAUCUUGAACUCGAAAUACCAAGGUGUUAUGCUCGUUGCAACAGCUUCUGACGCCGAAGAUGGCAUAUUCCCAGUAGCUUUCGCUAUUGUCGAUUCAGAGACAGAGGAGAACUGGCUUUGGUUUUUGGAACAACUCAAAGCUGCAUUGUCCGAGCCGCGAAGAAUCACAUUUGUCGCGGAUUUCCAGAACGGUCUGAAGAAUGCCAUAUCCCAGGUCUUUGAAGAUGCAUAUCACGCCUACUGUUUGCGCCAGCUCGCUGAGAAACUAAAUUCGGACUUGAAGGGGCAGUUUUCUCAUGAAGCAAGACGGUAUAUGCUCAACGAUUUCUACUCUGUGGCAUACGCAACAACACUUGAGGGUUACUACAGUUCCUUGGAGAAUAUAAAAAGUAUAUCUCCUGAUGCUUAUGCCUGGGUUAUAGAGAGCGAACCAGACCAUUGGGCAAACGCGUUGUUCCAAGGAGAGAGAUAUAACCAGAUGUACUCAACCUUUGGGCUAGACUUCUACAGCUGGGUGUCUGAAGCACAUGAGUUUCCCAUUACCCAAAUGAUUGACGAGUUCCGAGCAAAGAUGAUGCAAUCUAUCUAUACCCGUCAGGUACAGUCCCGGGAAUGGGUCACAGCAUUAACACCUUCAAACGAAGAGAAGCUUCAGAAAGAAAUAGGGCUUGCACAGUUACUUCAGGUCUCAUCGCCAGAAGGUAGCUUAUUCCAGGUUAAUGGUGGAGAAGGUUCCAUCAACAUAGUUGAUAUUAACCAGUGUGAUUGUGACUGCAAGAUGUGGCGGUUAACCGGGUUACCUUGUAGCCAUGCGGUAGCUGUGAUUGAAUGUAUAGAGAAAAACGCUUAUGAGUACUGCUCAAGAUACUUGACGGUCGAGAGUCACCGGUUAAUGUAUGCAGUGUCGAUUCAACCAGUCCCAAACAUGGAGAGGAUGAUGCUGGAGGAGCCGCCUGAGGGGUUGGUCUCCGUGACUCCUCCGCCAACAAGGAGGACACCGGGAAGACCAAAGAUGAAGCGUGUUGAGCCGUUGGACAUGAUAAAACGUCAGCUACAGUGUAGCAAGUGCAAAGGACUAGGGCAUAACAAGAAAACCUGUAAGGCUAUAUAG